AUGAAAUUUGCUGCAUUGCUUGUGGCGAACUCAGUGAAUGGAGAAUGGACACCACCCGUAGCUAUUGGAAGACCAAAUCCUCUUCCCGAAGGAAUUCAACUUCCACCUCCGGGAAGACCUUUUGGCGGUGCACCACCACCCAGAAAUACAGGAUGGCAGGGACCAGUUGCCAUCGGGGCAGCCCCAGAAUUGCCGCCCGGAAUAAACAUUGUUCACGGACAAUCAAUGAGCUCAAUGCUCGGGCCUCCUCGUCGUCCUCAAGCUCCACCACCAGCUGAUGGCUGGACACCGCCUGUGGCCAUUGGAGCCCCAAAUCCGAUUCCGCCAGGCAUUGAUUUAGUACAUGGAAGAUCGAUGCGUCCAAGGGUUAGUUCAGAAGCUCCCGCUGAAGAGUCAGAAUGGCAGGCGCCGGAAGCAACUGGACAAGAGACGCCACUACCUUCUGGAAUUGAAUUACAGCACGGGGAGUCAAUGCAAACUACCCCAAGUCCAAGUCAAAUAACACCGCAGCAGAAUUUGAAUCCAACUGAGUGGACACCACCAGCCGCUUUUGGUGCCUUACCUGUCGAAACUGAUGGAGUAGAAAUCGUCCAUGGGGAAAGUAUGCUUCCUGCUAAAAACGUGGAUCACAUCGAAGAUGCAGAACACGAAGGCAACGAGCCUCAAAGCAACCACAACUCUGAGGAUGCUUCUGAGGAGGCGAAUGAAGUCACGGUCAAGGAGGACCCUUCUCCGUCCCCCGAGCCCGAGCCGACGCCAGAUGGAACAACAAAAACACCAUCAGAAACAACAGAGUCACCAGAAUCAUCUUCUUCUACACUUCCCCUUUCUAUUUUGACUCUGUUAAUAUUACUCGCUCUAUGA